CACACACAGUUUCACUUUCUCUAAUCAGACCCUUUAAAAACAUUUGUGACAUUGUUUAAAACAAAGUUUGGGAGUUACUGUUCACCUAAUCUCUGCAGCUAUGGGCUCGAGAGCUGUGUUCUUGUUAUGGAUGUUGCUGUCGUCCACCUCCACUGGAAUCAAACUAGACGGAAAUGGUUAUGUUGAUGUUGUCAUUGCAAUCAGUUCAAGAGUAUCACAGGACAACACACUCAUUGAUAAAAUCAAGGACAUGGUCACUGAAGGGUCGCUUCAUCUUUAUGAAGCAUUGGAUAAAAAGGUCUAUUUGAAGGAAGCUACAAUACUAGUCCCACCCCAGUGGAAUAGUAAGGAUUUUACCAGAGCAAGAACAGAGUCCUUUGAAAAGGCAAGAAUAAGAAUUGAUAAUCCUAAUCCAGCAUAUGGUGAUGAACCCUACACUAAUCGGUAUGGAAAAUGUGGAAUUGAGGGAGAGUACAUUCAUGUCACCCCAAACUUCCUCCGAAACAACACACUUACUAAGCCAUACGGGUCAAAAGGAAGGGUCUUUGUGCAUGAAUGGGCUGAUCUGAGAUGGGGCAUUUAUGAUGAAUACAGUGACAAAAAGCCAUUCUACUACUCUAAUGACCAUAUUGAAGCUACAAGGUUUAACAAAAAUAUUAAAGGUGAGCUUUAUGAGGAUUCUGCUAAAACUCCAUGUCGCAUUGAUCCACAAACUUCACUACCAACUAAGAAUUGCAAGUUUUUUCCUUACAAAUAUCAAAACACACACAGUUCAAUAAUGUUCCUGCCAAGCCUGGGUUCUGUGAGCACAUUUUGUCGUAAAAAUGAGCACAAUUAUGAUGCCCCAAACCUGCAAAAUGAAAAAUGUGGCAAAGCAACAGGGACCGUAAUAUUUGAGGAUUCUGUGGAUAAAGACGCACUUCGUUCUCUAAAACCGCUGCAGACUUCUCCACCAGCACCAACUUUCAAAGUUGUGCAGCGAAAGCAUCGGGUCGUUUGUCUUGUACUUGAUGUCUCAAAAAGCAUGGAAGGCUCUAGAAUUCUUCGACUGCAACAGGCUGCCACACAUUUCCUGCAGAAUAUCAUUGAGGAUCAAUCCAGUGUGGGAAUGGUAACCUUUAGCGCUGGUGCUUCUACUCUGAGCUCCUUGACUACUCUUGACAGUGACACCACAAGAGAACGUCUCGUCACUUUGUUGCCAAAAACAGCAGCUGGAACAACAUACAUAUGUAAAGGCCUCAAUCUAGGCUUAAAGGAACUUAAAAAGGAUGAUGGGGAUGUGAUAGGAGAUGAAAUCAUUUUUCUGACAGAUGGUGAAGCCACAGAUGACCUUAAUAGGUGUGUUCCCAAUGCAAUUAAUAGUGGUGCCAUUAUACACACAAUUGCUUUGGGUGAUAAAGCAGAUAAAGCACUGAGGGAAAUGGCGGACAAAACUGGAGGGAAAUUUAUCACAGCCAGUGAUAACACUACCUCUAAUCAGCUAAUGAAUGGAUUUUCCGAACUAACUGUAUCAACAGGAGAUCAAACAAAAGACCCAGUUCAGAUAGACAGUGUGGGAGCAAAAACAUCUGACUGGUUUAAUGGGACAGUACCAAUAGAUCAGACUAUUGGUACCAAAACCAGCUUUACAAUAACCUAUGAAACAACUCUACCUAAAAUUAACACACAGUCACCGAGUGGCUCAGUCUACAAUCAAAUGCAGAUGCGUCAUGAUGAAUCAUCUAAAACAGUAACUUUAAAAGUUACAGGAACUGCACAGACUGGGGACUGGAAGUACAGUAUCCAAACUCCAACAGUUCAGGCUCUGACUGUAACAGCAACGAGUCAUGCGGCACGAGCUGAUGUUCCCCCUAUCUUUGUCAAAACCCGCAUGAACCAGAAGUUCAGUGACGGCACUAAACCCAUGAUAGUGUUUGCUGAGGUUAGUCAAAAUUACAAGCCUGUAAUAAAUGCUGAAGUGUGGGCUACGCUGGAGCCAGAAUCUGGUCCUGCACAAACGUUACAACUGCUGGACAAUGGAGCAGGAGCUGAUGCUUUCAAGGAUGAUGGUGUCUAUUCCAGAUAUGUCACAAAGAUGGAAAAUGGGAGAAGCAGUUUGAAAGUAAAAGUGAAGAAUCAAAAUGGACAAGCCAGCUUUACUCUCCAAAAAAGGGGGGGUGCUCCAUACGUACCUGGAUAUGUGGUAGACGGUGUGGUGGAGAUGAACCCUUCAAAACCUCUAGUUUCGGCAGAAUCACCUAUAAUUGGAAGCUUCAGCAGAACAGCCACCGGAGAGAGUUUUGAGGUGAUUCUUAAAAGCACAACUCCACCAAAUUUCCCUCCUAACAGAAUCACAGAUCUAAAUGCAGAGAUCCAGAACAACACUGUGCUUCUCAGCUGGACAGCUCCUGGUGAGGACCUCGACCACGGGACAGCUAAAUCCUACAAGAUCAAGUGGAGCCUUGACUUUAAAAUGCUUCAAUUCAACUUCAGCAAUGCUCAUGAAGUCAACAUAUCUGGCAACUCACCUCAGGAGGCUGGAUCAGUUGAACAAUAUUUAUUCAAUCUCAGUUUUCCAGUCAAAAAUGGCACAACACUCUACUUUGCGGUUCAAUCUGAGGACAAAGAAAAUGUCAAAUCUCAAAUUUCCAACCUUGCUCAAGCUUUAAAGAUCAUCCCUCAUCCAGAACCCACAGAGGUGUCAAACCUGAAAUGUAGGUUUAUUACAAUAUCUGUUUUCUUGGCCACUGUAGUGAUUACUGGCAUUAUUGCGAUAACAGCAUGGGCAUUGAGACAAAAAAGGCAGCAAGGUUUCUUGAUUAUUAUGCCAGAAUAAGAGUAUAGUUCCUAAUAUAUCAGCCUAGAAAAUCGCAACUUUUAAUUUUCCAUCAGUCUUAGUACAUGAUGUAACUACAGAUAUUGAUAAAAAUAUUGAAACUCUUUGGUCAUUUUUGAGCAAGAUGCUAACGGUCUAAUCAGAUUUAAUAAACUAUGCUAAGCUAUGCUAAAAGUGCUACCAGACCCGGAAAUCAUCUGGAUGUAUUCGAAAAUGGUAAAACUCAACUGUUUAACUCUAGGGGAGUUGGAAAAUGAGCCUAUUUUCAAAAAAAGUGGAGUGUUCCUUCAACAUCUGAUACAAAGAAAAUAUUUAUAAAGUUACUUUACUGAGUUUCUUUAUUUGUACACUAUAUGCUUAGCAAGAAAAUAAUACAGUUGUUAAAACUUUAAAAUUGUCUAUAUUGGAAUGUUUGUGUGCUCUUAAGGCAAAAUAAUUAAACUUCCAUGAUGGCAGCUGUCUAAUUAUUUUAUUAUCAUAUGCACCCAUACGAAAAUGUAAUAUAUGUGCUUGUAUGAAAAACCUAUAUAUUAAAUACAUGUUUUAUUUAUGCCAUAUCCAUAUUAGUCCAUGGGCCAAGCCAGAAUUUGGUACUACACUGUUAAAAAUCGCUGUAAAAAACGGCCAAAUUUUGACAGUAACAUGCUGUUUUCCAUUAAAACAGUGCAUUCUGGGUAUUAUUUGUCAUUUUCAAAAAAGUAGCCUGCUGCUAUGUAUCGUGAAUUAACAGCGUUCAAAAUCGACACUCAGAGACUGUUUAAAAU